AUGGAUUUUCAAAUUUUUGAUAUGUUAACUCCUAUCUCCCUUUUCCUCCUCAUGAUGGUGGCACUGAAAUUAGGGAGGAAUCUCACCAAAACCAAGUCAACUCCAAACAUACCUCCAGGACCAUGGAAGCUACCCAUCAUAGGAAACAUACCCCAUCUUGUUACACCAACACCGCACAGAAAAUUAAGAGACUUGGCCAAAAUAUAUGGACCCUUGAUGCAUCUCCAACUUGGAGAGGUCUUUACCGUAGUUGUUUCCUCAGCAGAAUGUGCCAAAGAGGUUAUGAAAACUCACGAUCUUGUCUUUGCAUCAAGGCCUCUAAUUCUCGCUUCAAAAAUAAUCGGUUAUGAUGCCACAAAUAUAUCUUUUGCCCCUUAUGGAAAUUAUUGGAGACAGCUAAGGAAGAUUUGCACAGCUGAGCUUUUGACCCCAAAACGUCUCAAUUCAUUCAAGCCUAUAAGAGAAGAAGAGCUCUCCAGUCUCAUCAAAAUGAUUGCUUCAGAAAAUGGAUCAGCCUUCAAUCUCUCUGAGGCACUCCUUACAUCAACAUAUGCAAUAAUUUCGAGGGCAGCCUUUGGCAAGAAGUGCAAAGGGCAGGAAGAAUAUAUAUCAGUGGAAAAAGAAGUACUUAAGGCCGCAGGAGGUUUUGACAUAGGAGAUUUAUUUCCUUCUGCUACAUGGCUUCAAAAUGUUACUGGUUUGAGGCCUACCCUUGAGAGGUUGCACCAAAAAUGUGAUCAAAUACUUGAAAACAUCAUCAGGGAACACAAAGAUGCAAAGUCAAAAGCAAAAGAAGGCCAAGCUGAACCAGAAGAGGACCUUGUAGAUGUUCUCCUAAAAUUUCAGGAUGAUCGUGAUGACAACCAGGAUAUUUGCUUAACUGAUGACAACAUCAAGGCUAUAAUUGAUAAUAUCUUUGCUGCUGGAGGUGAGACAUCAGCAACUACGAUAGAUUGGACAAUGGCAGAGAUGAUAAGGAAUCCAAGGGUGAUGAAGAAAGCACAAGCUGAAGUGAGAGAGACAUGUGAGAUUAAUGGGUAUCGUAUACCAGUGAAAAGUAAGGUAAUUGUGAAUGUUUGGGCAAUUGGAAGAGAUCCAAAGUAUUGGACUGACCCAGAGAGGUUUUAUCCAGAGAGAUUCAUUGACAGCUCUAUUGACUACAAAGGAAAUAAUUUUGAGUUCAUUCCAUUUGGUGCUGGAAGAAGAAUAUGCCCAGGCAUCACAUUUGGUUUGAUUAAUGUUGAACUGGCACUUGCAGUUUUGUUGUAUCACUUUGAUUGGAAGCUUCCCAAUGGAAUGAAAGGCGAGGAAUUGGACAUGACUGAACAAUUUGCAUUAACUGUUAGAAGAAAAGAUGACCUAAAGGGGGCUCCCGCGACCCCAUUUUCAGUCUCCCUAGCCCCAUUUUUAGCCCCGCUCACCAUCACCGCAGACCCCCCAACCCCCGUGUUCCUCCACUCAUCUUCGGAUCCACAUUCUCCCUAUACCUUCACACUCGACCAGCACCCAAAUCUUCCAUCCCCCUCACCUAAUCAUGGAGCCACCGUGAACCAAACCAAAAUUCCCCAUCCCUACUCUCAAUUGACCCCUCUCGUCAUCAUCGACCCCCCGGUUUCGUCGUACCAACACCUCCAUUGUGCCCUAAGCCACCAGUCACGCCUCCAUGACAUCACACCUCUCUUUCUCGGUCGCGCCACCUCCAUCGCAGCCCGCACCUAUCAUUAA